AUGUCGUACCCUGAGCCCCCAACUAUUGAAGCCGAAGCCGACUUCAAGGUCGAAGGUGCCGGCAAGCCAUGCAAGACUUGGUACACCGUCUUCGGAGACCUCAAAUCGGGCGUCCGUCCCCUCGUUUGUCUCCAUGGCGGGCCAGGAGCAGCCCACAACUACAUCCGUCCGAUACGCUUCUUAGCCUCAACACACUCCAUCCCCGUGAUUAUGUACGACCAACUCGGGAUCGGCAACUCCACUCAUCUCCCAGAGAAGAUAGGAGAUGGCAAGUUCUGGACCGUUGAGCUCUUCCUCGCUGAACUCGACAACCUCCUAAAGCAUCUCGGAAUCCAGGAUGACUAUGACCUGCUCGGCCAGUCAUGGGGCGGCAUGUUAGGUGCCUGCCAUGCCAUUAACCAGCCGAAAGGACUACAUAGACUCGUAAUUGCGGACUCCCCAGCCUCCAUGAAAAUGUGGGUGAUCGCCGCCGACACCCUGCGCCAAAACCUCCCCCCAGACGUACAAGCCACCCUCCUAAAGCACGAAGCAGACGGCACAACCGACUCCCCCGAGUACGAAGCCGCAAUGCAAGUCUUCUACGACCGACACGUCUGCCGCGUCAUCCCAAAGCCAAAAGAUUGGGACGACACCGAAGCAGCUAUAAAAGCCGACCGGACCGUGUAUCUGACCAUGAAUGGACCGUCUGAGUUCUUCAUCACUGGGACGCUCAAGGAUUUUAAUAUCGUGGACGAGUUGAGCAAGAUCAAAGUGCCGACGCUACUAGUUAAUGGCAAGUAUGAUGAGGCUACGGACUAUGUGAUGGAACCGUUCUGGAAGAGUAUUGAGAAGGUGAAGUGGGUUAGGUUUGCGGAGAGCAGCCAUACGCCACAGCUGGAGGAGACAGCGGAGUUUUUGAGGGUUGUUGGGGGAUAUCUGAAGGCCGAGUAG